AUGCCGCUCAACCCGGCGUUCGGGCUGGGCCCCAACCCCGCCUUCUCUGGGUCGAUGGACGUCUUCUCGGUGCAGCAGAGCCGGGCGGCGGACAUGGACGGCGCGGAGCAGCAGCAGGGCUCGGCGUCGUCGCUGGCGCCGCCGGAAAUGUCCUUCAACCUCUCGUCCUCGUCGGCGUCGACCGAGGCCCUGGACACGCCGCUCGACUUCGUGGGGCAGCAGGGCUUCUACCCGGGCAGCGAGUACUACCAGCACUGGCCGCACCCAGACGGAGGCAGCAGCGGGCACCACCCGCCGUGGGACGCGACGACGGUGUGGUCGGAGGGGUCGUCGAGCAUCCCCGAGGCCAUGAUGUUCGAGGACGUGCCCAUGGACCCGGCCUGGGCGCAGAGCAUGCUCGAUCCCAGCCUGAGCAUGGACACGUAUGGGGAGCACAGCAUGGCCUACUACGGCCAGGGCAUGCACGGCGUCGACUACGGCCGCCCGGGGAAGCGCCACGCCAAGUCGAGCUCGGUGUCGUAUUGA